CGGGCAGGCGCCUUAUAAUUGGGGAGGCCGGGCCCGCCUUGGGGGCCGGGCGGGCGGCCAUCCCGCGGGAGGGGCUGUGAGCGGGGCGUGGCCGGGACGUCUUUCCUCGGGACCGCGUCCGGGGAGAGGACAGUUACCCGCCACGUCGACCAUGGCAACAGCCUCUGUGGGUCAGAUUUGCGCCCGAAAACUUCUCCCUGUCACUUGGCUUCUGUGUGGUCCCAGAAGAUAUGCCUCGUCCGACUUCAAGGCUGCAGAUCUGCAGCUGGAAAUGACACAGGCGCCUCAUCAGAAGCCUGACCUCAGCAAGCCCCUGGUGUUUGGGAAGAUAUUCACCGACCACAUGCUGAUGGUGGAAUGGAAGGAGGAGAAAGGCUGGGGCCAGCCCCGAAUCCAGCCCUUCCAGAACCUCAUGCUGCACCCGGCCUGCUCCGGCCUUCACUACUCAAUGCAGAUCUUUGAAGGCAUGAAGGCAUUCAGAGGCAGUGACCAGCAGGUGCGCCUCUUCCGACCCUGGCUCAACAUAGACCGGUUGCUGCGCUCGGCCCUGCGCCUCUGCCUGCCGAGUUUUGAUAAGGCCGAGUUGCUCGAGUGUAUCCGCCGCCUGGUGGAAGUGGACAAGGACUGGGUUCCUGGCAGUGCUGGCACCAGCCUCUACGUGCGGCCUGUGUUCAUCGGGAAUGAGCCCACUCUAGGUGUCAGCUGUCCCACACAAGCCCUGCUGUACGUCAUUCUCUGCCCCGUGGGCUCAUACUUCCCUGGAGGCAUCAUGAACCCUGUCUCCCUCCUGGCUGACCCGACAUUCAUCCGAGCUUGGGUGGGUGGGGUCGGCGACUACAAGCUGGGGGGGAAUUAUGCGCCCACAGUGUUUGUGCAACAGCAGGCAAAAAGGAAGGGCUGUGAACAGGUCCUCUGGCUGUAUGGGCCUGACCACCAGCUCACUGAGGUGGGAACCAUGAACAUCUUCGUCUACUGGACCCACGAGGAUGGGGUGCUGGAACUGGUGACGCCCCCAUUGGACGGUGUCAUCCUGCCUGGAGUGGUUAGACAGAGUCUGCUGGACCUGGCUCAGUCCUGGGGUGAGUUCCGCGUGGUAGAGCGGAAGAUCACCAUGAAAGAGGUGUUGCGGGCGCUGGAGGAAGGACGGGUCCGGGAAAUCUUUGGCUCAGGCACCGCUUGCCAGGUCUGCCCUGUGCACCAAAUCCUGUACGAAGGCAAGCACCUCCACAUUCCCACCAUGGAAAAUGGGCCUGAGCUUAUCCUCCGCUUCCAGGAGGAGCUGAAGGCGAUUCAGUAUGGAACAGGAGCCCACGAGUGGAUGUUCCCAGUGUGACGCAGCGGGCUGUGCCCGACCACUCCUCGGAUCCACCGACGUGUCGCAUCUAGUUUGCCUGACCCUCGCUUCCCUACCAAUGACUCACCUGAAGUGCAAUAUAAAAUAAAAGGAUAGGGGCCCGGACGCCUUGGUCUCUGGCGUCCCCCCGUGGUCUCUACACUCCCAAAGCCUUAAGGGCCUGACCCAAGCGUCUGGGCCCCUAGUCCCAUCUCUCAGGCCUCGAGAAUCUGGACUCCCGGCUGCUCCGUGUUGUGGGGUCAAGGAUGCACUUAGCCCCCGACUCCGCAUCUUUCCGUUCUCAAGCCGGAUCUCCCGGUGCUGCCGUUGAUACAUAUUUUUUUCCUCCUCUUGCUGCGAUUUUGAAAUACAAUGCCAAAGAACAAGAUGGUAGCUGUCAUUUCCAAUGAUGCAAGUCAGGGACUCUAGGAUUUUAACCAGGAAUCGCGGUCCUCAGCCUGUUUCAUUUUCAAGGACCCAGCGGUCCGAGCCCCGAAUGUCCUGGCAGUUUCUCUGAUGUGAGAGGUUUUUCGACUUUAUCACAAACUGAGUUUACCAUCUUCCCCUGCUAAUCAGCGCCACCCCCACGUCCCCAUCUUGGGGACAGCCGACCAUACAUCCAGUCACUAGGCCAGACCCCUUGGUACUGUACCCCUUCCCCAUCAGUCCCCAAGCCCUGUCACUCUGCCCUGUCUGUCUCUUCCUCUCUGUCUCUUGGGCCCUGUGUUGGCUCAGACCUUGUCUUCUCCUGCCUAGGUCUUUGUCCCAGCCUCCUCUCUGGCCUCAAUUUUGGCCCCCAAGUGACACCGGUAAACAGAUAGUCAUUACUGAUUAGAUGGCUAGUAAUUCAAAUAUUUCUUUUACAAUUAUUAAUUAUAGCUUUUAGUUGUUGCCCCCCCCCGCCACCACCACCACGUUAGCUGUGCUGCUUAGGCAAUAUAUUAUCCAUCUCCCACUAGGUUCCUAUAGAUAACAGCUCCCUGGUGCCUGGGUCACCGUGGUAAUGGACGUUUGAGCUGUUUUCCAGGAAUUAGGACCCCUUGUCCAGUUCACACAGGUUGAGUGCACCAACCCAUCAACUGGGCCCACGCAGAUGCCUGAUAAGUGACCUUUUUUGACGUCACGAGGCUGAAAACUCCACCCUCCGAUCAUGCUAAGACCACUAUUUUGAGAACAUUCAUCCUCUGAAGAGCCAUGAACCUUGACUACGCUUGUGCAGAUCAAUUAUCUCACCUCUUCUCACCUCCAAUUAUCUAUCCCCACACUUCAGACCGCCUUGCCCUCCUACCCCAUAAAUAUCCCUGAGUCCCCAUUUUUGGGAAGGCGGAUUUGAGACUUAUUCUCUCACCUCUUCACUUGGCUGCCUUGUGAAUAAACUCUCUGUCUGCUGUAA